GUAAGAGACACAGCUGUUGGCUUCUCCAGUUUUAAGAAUGGAGUUCCUGAAAUCAAAUCGUGCCAAGAUCUUCCUUAUUUCUUAUCAGAGAUGACCAAGGACCAGAUGAUAGAGGAGCUUAUGGAUCAGACCGGCUUAAUAUUCUUAGGCAGUGUUAUCUUGGGCAUUGUGUCUGUUGGCAUCCUUAGCUAUGCUGCUGUCAGGACCUGGAAUAGAUGGAAACUACGGAACCAUCAGAGAGAGCUGUCACAGAGACCAAGUGAACCCAUAGUCGAUGAUGAACCCGAGGAUGCAGAGGAAAUCCCAGAUGGACAAUUGUGUGUGAUAUGCGUGACAAGAAGAAGAGUACCUGCGUUUAUUCCCUGUGGACAUGUAGUAUGUUGCAGGCUGUGUGCUUCAACCGUUGAACGAGAGUUAAACCCUAAGUGUCCAGUUUGUCUUCAGAGCAUUAGGGGAUCUAUGCGUGUAUAUUACUCCUAGUGACUCUUUUCUCAUUGUAUCUAAAUAGGGUAACGCAAUUUGUACUCGAGAGAAUCCGAAAUUUUCAAUUAACAAAAAUAGUUUGACAAUGA